AUGUCGAUACCUUCUGGAAAAAAAGUUGCUGGAUUUAGACAGCAAUCAAUUGGAGUUCUUGGUCGACUAGUUUGUGGCAAUCAAAGUUUAGCUAAAACACAAGUAAAGUUAUGGGACAAAAACUUAAUUGGUACUGACAAGCAACUAGCAGAAAUUAAGACUGCUGAAGAUGGAAGGUUUAGUCUUCAAGGUGGUCUUGGAUCGAUAUUUGGAAUGAAUGUUGUGCUUAAAAUUUAUCACAAAUGUAAUGAUGGAAUCAAGCUAUGCAAGAGAAGAGUAACGCUUGGUAUUCCUAGCAGUUACAUUACUCGCACAAGUAAAGUGGAAAAGUGGUUCGAUGCUGGAACGAUGAAUAUGGAAUUCGAAUUUCCUGCUGAAGAAAGGAGCUGUCUGAAUAAUUAA